UGGUAAGAGAGAGAGAGACGAAGGGGGCUAACUUAAAGCACGGAUUGGAGGCAUCCACGUAUACAAUUCGACAUAAGCAUUGCAAAUAAAGGCUGUACGAGGCGCAGAAGGCCCAUCACAGCAAGGUCGGCUUUGGACCAAGAUAUCAAUCGGUAGCAGUUCCAGGAACUCGAUUUUGAUAGCCAAGUGUCGCCCUUUCCUACGUUGUUUCAUGGCGAGACAGGCACGGGAGAGCCUGUCAAGGGUUUGAAGGGUGGAAGCUUUCGCAAGGCUGAUCUUGGAAGAUUUCAAGGAAUUUGCAAGGGUUUCGUCUUGCUCUUUCUCGGCGAUGGCUGUCUGCUGGGCUGCUGCAUGUAACCCCGCUCUUGCUCACAACCCGUUCGCUGAAAUUCCCAACAGAAACGGCAGCAGCACGAGGAAGAAGUGGACUGUCUCCAGUGAUGCUGGAUCGAAGCCAUGUCCGAGAAGAAGUCUUGCGAAUAGCUUACGAGGUUGUGGGCUGAAUGCUUCAGAGCCCGCUGAGGAAGAACAUAAGCUGGAACAGGAUAGUCUACCUCCAGAUUUGGGGCAUGCGCUGCCAGCUAACCUUAGUUGGCUGUGGUCACUUUCGAGCGUGGCCGAUGAUUCGUCGCCGGAUCCGCUAUCACCACCAACAGGCUUCAGGUCGAUGGGAGUGAUCUUCGAAUUGGAAGGAGUCAUUGUGGAGGACGAUGAUCCCGAAUUGGAGCCGCAUGCGUGGUUUAUAUUGUGUGAAGAGGAGGGCAAAGAGUUCCCGAUGGAUGUCAUCUUGAGGUCAAUCAAGGGAAUGAAGACCGAAGAGGCCAUCUCAGAGGUCCUUGGAUGGUCUAAAGAUCCCUUGGUGCUUCAAAGAUUAGCCACACGGAAGGAAGAGAUAUACUGGCGUCUGCGUGGCAGUGAGUAUUGCUUGCGGUCCGGCUCUCAACAGUUCUUGAACAGACUUGUGGAUUACGGUGUGCCAAUGGCAGUGGUCUCUGCACGCCCCAGAAGGAGCAUUGAAGAAGCAAUUCAAGCUGUUGGUUUGGAAGGCUACUUUGUUUGUGUGGUGGCCGCAGAGGAUUUGGGCAGGGGAAAACCGGACCCUGAGAUGUUCAAACGUGCAGCGGAGCUCCUUGAUCUUGAAUCAGAACAUUGCAUUGUGAUUGGGAACUCGGAUUCGACAGUGGUGGCUGCUGCCAAUGCUGGGAUGAGUUCUGUUGUGGUUUCAAGCAACAGGCCAGUCUAUGAGUUCCGAGUAGCACCACGUGUGGUGAGGUGGCUUGAUGAGCUGUCCAUUGGCUACUUGGAGAAUUCCACAAGGAUUAAUCCAAUUCAGCAGAGAGCAAGUGAAAGACAUAUGGAGGUGGAAGGAUUAAGUUACUUGUAAGACUUUUUGUUGGAGUCUUCUAUAUAUUAACCUUGCAUUGAUUAUGAACUAUGCUGUUUUUGGGAUUGAUACAUGAAUCAGAUUCCCUUAGAUUCUU